ACACGGUUUAUGCGCUCUCGUGAGCUAUGACAUAACUCAGAUGUCAUAAAAUGGCAAUGUGUUAAUUAAAUGUAAACUUUUUUUGCAAAAGGUGUCUUCUCAUCGCAAAAUUGUAGGCAUAUUAUUUAACGUCUCACCCGUGCACGAGGGCGGAGACAGCUUUGACAGGCACGUCAGUAAGACUGAAUAUCAACUCGGAACCAGUUUCACCAGAAAACAAAUGGCUGCGCGCUAGGACGUUUAUUUUAAGAACCGUUCGCAUUCUACAGUGAAUACGGGACAGAAAGAGCGAACUGUCAUGAGGCAAGUACUCCUAGAUUAAUUUUUUAAUGUGGAUAUGCAGUGGUCUUGACAUAUGAAAAGAGCAGCUUACAAGAUGUCACAAUCAAAUGAGACUGUGAGUCGGAAGAAUGGAGACAAGGAUCACAAAAAGCUUACAACGGAGGCGGUAAAGGGAGCAAUUCAGCUUGGUAUUGGCUACACUGUGGGCAGUCUUACCUCUAAGCCAGACAGAGAUGUUCUCAUGCAAGAUUUUUACAUGGUGGAGAGUGUCUUUCUCCCCAGUGAAGGAAGCAACCUGACCCCAGCGCAUCACUAUCCAGACUUCCGCUUUAAAACCUAUGCCCCUCUGGCCUUCCGUUACUUCCGAGAACUGUUUGGCAUCAAACCAGACAACUAUCUGUAUUCCAUUUGCAAAGAACCUCUAAUUGAACUUUCUAACCCGGGUGCAAGUAGCUCCUGGUUCUACUUAACGAGUGAUGAUGAAUUUAUCAUCAAGACCGUGCAGCACAAGGAGGCGGAGUUCCUGCAGAAGCUGCUUCCUGGUUAUUAUAUGAAUCUCAACCAGAAUCCCAGGACCCUUCUGCCCAAGUUCUACGGCCUCUACUGCAUCCAGUGCGGAGGAGUCAGUGUUCGGCUCGUCGUGAUGAACAAUGUCCUGCCCUGUUCUCUGAUAAUGCACUACAAGUAUGACCUGAAGGGCUCCACAUACAAGCGGCGGGCCUCACGCAAAGAGCGUGGCAAGGCCUCGCCCACCUUCAAAGACCUGGACUUCCAGGAGAUGCACUCUGAGGGCCUGCGCUUCGAUGCAGACACGUACAACGCACUUAUGAAGACGCUACAACGAGACUGCCGGGUGCUGGAGAGCUUCAAGAUCAUGGACUACAGCCUCCUGCUGGGGAUCCAUGUGCUGAACAAGAAGUUGAAAGAGAGAGGAAGCAGGGGAGACAGCCGGCGCCAGGGGGGCCAGAAAGUCCUGUACUCCACUGCCCUGGAAUCCAUCCAGGGGGGGGGCAAGCCUGCAGAGCCCCCCCCAGAUACUGAUUUUGACACAAUGGGUGGGAUCCCAGCUAAACACAAAGAUGAAAAGUUGCUGAUCUUUUUGGGAAUUAUUGACAUUCUACAGUCCUACAGAUUUAUCAAAAAGGUUGAGCACUCGUGGAAGGCCCUUGUACAUGAUGGUGACACAGUGUCUGUCCACAGACCAAAUUUCUAUGCUGACAGGUUCUUGAAGUUUAUGGGUGACACUGUAUUUAAAAAGAUCCCACUAGCAGUCCGAGGUGCUUCCAGCCGGAGAAAAAGGAACUCCAUCCAGCCAACUAGGUCUGUGUCACAUGAAGUGCUCCCAACUGUCAAGGAAGAGAUAAAUGAGGAGAGGAAGGCACAGAGUCUGGAAAACCUGGAUGACACAGGUUUGGGCUCAUGUCAGAAACCUGAUGUAAUUCUGAGCUCUGCUCAUUUGGAUGAGUCAGUUUCAACUGCUGCUUUGUCCUCCAUCUCAUCGUUGGAUGACAUUAGGCUCAAACUGGAGGAGGACACAGACACUAGAAGUUAUCAGACCUCCAGCUCCACGUUGGCAGCAGAAGACGGCACUCACCCAUGUGUGUCCACCCAGAGCAGCAUUGCUGAGUCUGUGCUUGAUGUUUACUUGUGACAUGAAGUUCACUGAAGUGGACCUCGCAACUGAAACCUCUACUCAAUGCUUAAAGCAAACUGUCUUAAAGCAAAGAGACAUAUGUGCUACAGUGAGUGCAAUUACUCUUGCUUUCUUAUUGCUGCUAAUACAGAAAGAACUGAGACAGACCUUGUUUGAAACAGCUAAGGGAACACCACUCUUUCUUCACUUGAAGGUGUGAACAUGUAACAUAUGUACCAAUGUUUAUAUGGGUGGUAUUGUGUCCUGUUUGUGGGUCAUGCCUCUCUCCCCCAAUGUGCCAUCCAUGAUUUUACACAGCCGAAAUGACGCAGGGUCCCUGAUUCAGAACCACCAUGCUGUUUUAGGAAAAUCACUCAAGCAUUCAUUAACUGCAGCAAGACCAGAGAUGCAACUCUGUAUCACUGAUUUAUAAACAUUUUGAUAAGAUCCAUGUAAUUGUUCUGCAAAUAUAUUUACAUUUAUUCUGUUCAAAAACCAUUCUUCAGAAUAGUUAAUGUGGGUACUAUUCUAAGAAAUGUCUUGGAACCUCUUUGAUACUCCAUUUGCAGUUUAACGUUUCCUGCAUGCCAGAAUUUUUAAUUAUUUGAUAAGUAUGAAUGUGUUUAAAUUAAUGAUCAGUUGGUCAUUUUGAUGUAAAAACAAUGUAUUAUGUGAUGGUUUUCCAUAUUCAAAGAUUUGUAUGUUCUUAAUAUAAAAUAAUGGUAUCUUCAAAAUACUUA